AUGUCUGACUUCACGCAACUAGUGGCCGAAUGCAAUGUGCCAGCAGCUGUCGCCUCUUUGCUUUCGCCAUUCGACGUUGCUUUGUUUGCCCGGUCCUGCACCACUUCGGCAGAGCUUGAAGAGCUGGUGAACCACUUUGUGGCGGAAGCCUCAGUUACCGAUGCCGCUGAGCGCUUCAUCACCAAAGCCUCGCUUCGCUUGCUUCUCUGCAAAUGCCGAACGUCAGAGGGUAUGGCAUCCUUGGAAGCCGCUCUCACACCGCUUGGUGACGGGCCUUCAGCUUCCAACCCGGCCCCCCCGGCCACGCCUCCGCUUUCCAGCUCCUGGCAAGAGGCUUGGCCUGCGCGUCUGAGUGGGGAGCGAACCGCAGCGCUUAGGAAGAGGUUCGAGGAGGACUACCCCACUGAACUUCUUGACGCCGAGAGCUUCCCAAGCGCCCGCUUAUUGGCCCUCACCAAUAAGAUGCUUUCAGACAAGGAGGUGCGAUGGAUUCCUUGGAAGUAUCGCUUAAGCACUCGUGCUCAAGAAGACAGUCUCCUUGUUCGGCCCAGGAAACAGGCACGCUUUGACCUAACAGAGCUUUUUCUGGACGAGGCGCCUACACGUGACAUACAUGAAGGCCCCGCUUCCUUUGGCCUCGUCACUCAGCUUAUGUCACUGGCGGCCAAUUCCAUUGCGCUCUGCCAAGGUCCCACUACUAUGGAAGCCCAGGCCGCUGACCGCCGCUGUUGGGAAAUCGUCGCCGACUUAGUCAAUGUCCACCACUGGAAGUUGGACGAUGCGCUUCACGAAGUGGCCGAAGUGCGCUCUGACAUGCACAGCCUGCUUGCACCGAGGCCCUUUAUUCCCAAACCGAAGUUCGACCCGGACAACAGCUGGAAGGCCCGCUUCAAAGGCAACGGUGGAGGCGGCAAAGGCGGUGGCCGUGGAGGAAAAGGCCGUGACGGCAAAGGCGAGAAGGGUGAGCGCUUCGAGAGAGGGGGCAAAGGUGGCAAGGGCAAGGACAACAAGCAAGCCACCCCCACCGGCAAGUGGCUUUCCACCCUCUUCAUGGAUGGUAAACGCCAGACGCUUUGCAUGAGGUACCAGAGCGGGCAGUGCAAGGACCCGGCCACUUGCCGCUACUUGCACAGAUGCGCAGAAACCCACUUCAGCGAGAUGCGGGACAUCGCUGAGGAGGUCACGACCGUCCCGCUUAGUGUGCCGGCACAACCGUCAGGCUCAGCAGGUGCCACUUCUGCACUGCCCAAGGCACGUGCCCCAGUCUCCGAUGCAGCAUCGGCACUCAGUGAAGGCUCUCUCGACUUCGCUACUUGCUUGGAGCUUCUAGCGCAGUACUUUUCCAUUCCCUUCAAUUCUUCUUCUCACUGCCCUGACAAUGCCAUCGCAGCCUCUGAAGCAUAUUUCAAUUUGGGGGCUUUCGCUUUUGACAAUGGCGCCAGGUCGGGCAUCUUUCAGGGUACCGAGCAAUUUUCCGACGUUCUUCGAUUCUUGAACGCUUUUAUGCAGCUUCAGUUCCCUGAAGCCUCCUGGAGCUCCCUCUGCGUCAGCCACAACGUUCGCACCCGCUUACACACGGAUUCUGGCAACGCUGCAGG